UGUAUAGUCGGUACAAACUUAACAUUUUUUUUAUUGCGGUAGUUUGAGGGUUUCGAGUAAACUGCAUGUCAACAGGACAGCAUCUUCGAGUUGAAGUCGUGGGACAGAAAAACUAACGAUUCAUCAAGAAGAAGUUAUUCACCGUUGCCCAUUUUUCCCAACGUUAUUAAUCAAUUCUCGAAGCUUCCAUUUGAUUGUUUGACCUGCUGCCAGUCGUGUUGAGAAAAUCGUGACGGACCGGUUUCGAGAUUUGGGAAGCACCGAUUGUAACGUUCCUUUUCGUUCAGGAUCAGAGGCAAAUACAAGGGCAUAGAGAGGUAAAAUACUACCAAGAAAUUCAUAUUGUCUUUGUGGAAUUUGCUUUCUCAUUAAAUAUGUUAUUACUCCAAUCAAAUGAUGACGAUCAAUGUUUUGUUGAGCAUUAGUAUGACUUUAGUCAGUAUACUUUAAUCCCUCCCAUUGUGAAUUUGAGUUAUGGCUUUCUUUAUCCAGAGGCUUUUGUUUCCGAAAUGAUUUGAAACGGGACCAAGCACUGUGUAGAUUUUGUAUUUGAGUUCGGAGCUUAGCGCUGAUAUUGAUGCAGGUCAUCGUAGUUAUUGAGUCAAUAGAUCAAACGUUGUCAUAAUCAAUUUUUAGCUCUUUGUGACGAUUCUAAGUUUAAGGCCUAUACUUGAAAUAAGUCCUGAAUCACGCUUUUCAUAGAAAUUUAAACAAAUCGAAAGAAAAUUCCCAGUUUAUUUGGAAAUGAUGAGUAUGCAAGGAAAAAAGCAGCUGCAGUCAGCUGCAGUGAAGUUUAAAACAUGUCGAACCAGAGAAACUAACUAAUGACGAGGUAUGCUAUCAAAAAAUCCAACAAAAUUCCUCGAUUUCAAAGAUUGCUUAGAUUGAAGAUUGAUACUUAAAACAAUGAUCCAUAUGUUUGAUUGAUUGAGACCCUCAGUUUUGUUGAAUUUUUCUGUAUAUUUUCUUCUACAAUAUCAAUUGCUUGGCUAGCAUCUAUUAAUUCAUUUGAUUAAUCAAUACUGAUACCAAAUAACUGCCUUCUGCAAUAUUUAUGAAGGCUAAAGUAGGUCACAGUGACUUUUCAGCACAGGAGUGCUUGUAAAAAUCACAUUUAAGUUAUUGUGAACCUUAAAAUAUUUGAAAACAUAUAAAUUUCAAUUUUCCUUCUAGGAAUACAAAUUGAACAAGAAAUGAGUUACCCACCACCUGCCCCAGGGGGCUAUCCAAUGUAUGGGGCUCCUCCAAUGCCAGGAGGGGGGUCCCAGUAUCCAGCACCAGGUCCAGCCUUAGGAUUUGACAGCAUAGCUAACCAACCUCCAAUGGGGGCCCCUGGGGUAUGUAUGUAAUUAUGAAGAACCAGGGCUGGGUUGUUCAAAGCUGACUUAAGAUAAUACAGUGUUAGUGCGGAAUUUGUUUUUAUAUCUGAAAGCUUUGAAAAGAAAUUAAUUUCAAUUCUUUUUGUGUGUAAUUUGAUGAUUGAAUGCUCUAAAAAGAGUUGAGAAAAUUAUCCCAAAAAGGCUCUUGAAUUAAGAAAUAAUGAAACCUGGAUCAAAAUUUUACCCUGGGGUAGAGCCAAUCUGGCUUUGAACAACUGGGUCUAGAGUGCUAGCUACUCUAUUAUUAUGCACUGUGAAAAAACAACUAUUGUGUGGGCUUUCAUUGCUCACAGAGUGUACAGCUCUAUUGAUCAGUGAUCCUAUGUAAAGGUGGAUAUUGGUAUGUGGAUAAAUUACCCUCGAAUGGAUAAUUAAGUUUGUUUUGUCAGCACUUAAUAUAUGACAGCACUGUGUUUAUCUACUCUCAAGCAUCAUUUAUUAACUGGAUAGCAGUAACUAAUAACAUGGGCCGGAGACAGUCUACAAUUACAGUCCUGUAAUUAUCAAAAAUCUCAUUCAUGAAAUAUUGUUCAGCUUCCUUGAAGAAGAGCUUGCUAUUCAUGAUCUGUUAUGUUCACAUCUGUUAUGUCCACAUCUCGAGAGUCAGAAUAGUUUAGAGGGAGGGUCUCAAAGCAAAAGGCUCAGAUUUUUUCACAUUGAUAGCCUAUGCCAAGCAUUUUAAGAGAUUUUUGCUUUUGCUUGCCAUUGGGCAAUUGUGAUAACUGUCAGUGAUCAAUUAUACAUGUUACACUCAGUACCCACCUUCUGGACCACCAAUGCCUAUGCCAACUGCUGGAGGACCUACUGGUAUGUAUCCUGGAAUGUCAAGCCAUAUGCCACCAGGAAUGUCCCAUCAAAUGCCACCAGGUAUGUUGAAAACUCCCUUUUAGUCAUGCCACCUGGUUUAAAGCCUUUUUGGGCAGUAUUUUACGGCAGAUAUUCUCUUUAAAGUUUCUUUUCUACCUAUUUCAAGGUCAAUAGGUACAUGUGUAACAUGUAUCCCUAUUCUAACAGACUUAAGUAGGAUCAAAAUUUCUACUUAAAAUUGAGCUUUGGGUAGGUUUUCUUUUCUUGGGUCAGACACUUAACACUUGCAGUUCCUUUCCAGACCCUAGAAUAAAAAUGGGUAUUAGUGAAUUGUUGGGAAAACUUGACUACAUGUGGGGGGUAACCUGUGAUGGACUAACAUCUAGGAGGAGAGGAUUCUCCCUAUAUUUCUUUGUGCUUUAGAAAUUAGAGUGAGUUACAACUGCAACUAGGUCCAUAUCAGUCUCCUAUGCAGAUUUUACCCAUCCUUUUUUACUAAUUUUUUUCAAUGUUGUUGAAAGGGAUUUUAUGGUAAUCUGUGCUACAGGUUAGGAAUCUUUAGUUAGUGGCUGUUAGUUCUGUAAAUUAAAAUGGCCAAUUUAGAUGCAAAUUUGUUAACAGCUAAAUUUAUGUUGUAUGUGACUUUACACCAUUCCCUCAAUGACUGAAUGUCCAAGUUUCUCUUAGUUGUAAUGAUUGACUUAGCCAAAAUAUUUGAAUACAAUUAAAAUAAAUGUACUUUUUUAAAUACAAUUAUGUUCUUUUUCCCGUAAUUUGGUUCACAACUAAAAGAUCUUAUAAUCUUGUUAUCAAGUUGUUUUAAUUUUCAAUUGAUAUCCUUUUGACUUCUUCCUUGUCUGUACUGAUGUCAGGUAUGCCUGUUCCAAGCCCUAAUGUUGGCAUGCCAGCUCCUGUGCCACCCACAGCUGGUGUGUAUGGAUCAGCAGGACCAUCUAUGCCACAGCCUGGAUAUCCUUCUGGUAAUUUAUCAUUUGGGGUAAGAAUCAGUUGUUGGACCUACUGACAGAACUUUAUAUAAAAUGCUCUAGUCAUGUGGGUUUUAUUUUCACAAGUAAAUGAAAAAAAAUCACAUUUUGUUGUUUUCUCCCUUAUUUCAAUUUUAGGGUGCAGUAAUGGCCACUGCAGCAUUUCCAUCUCACUACAGGAGUCAAUUUGGUCCUUCUCCUCAGCCCCAGCCUAAUUUACCCAUGGUGAGUUUUAGUAUCAUAAUCUGACUAGUGAUGUCCAACUAUUGCUUUCUUGUGUCCAGUAGUCCAAAUAACUUUGAAUAUUUUUCAACUUAUAGCAGAUUUAAGGCUGAUCUAAUUUUGUAGCUGAUAGUGUUACUAGUCAUUAUGUGAAAUAAUUAGGAUCUUCUUUUGUGCCAAAUUCAACAACAAACUUUUUGCCCUGAAAAAGAUGGAGGGUUUAAAACAUUUCAUUUUGGGUUGUAUGUUUUUGUGAAGAGUCCACCCCCAAGUUUUCCUCCAUCAGCUCCAGCUAUGCCAGUGCAGCCAAGUGCACCACCACCUGCUGGUCCAGGAGGUUCAUCAACUGCGACAAAAUAUUCCUCAUCGUCCUCACACUCGUCUUCCUACUCAUCCCACUCUUCUUCUUCUUCUGUGAGUUCCAGCUCAAGCACGAAGGUACUCAGGAAUAUGUUAUACAAUUAUAUAUACUGGGUGGAGUUGAGCAUAAAGGCAAGAACUGCCUUGGCUGAGGUUGGUUUUGUCUGCUGGAGCAAAAGCUUGCACCAGAUAAUGCAAUCAUGGUAUUGGGGGCUGGGGGUCAUGUUUUUUGCUGAAGCCUAAGGCUGAAGUGGAUGACACAAAUAUUAAUGUCUUGGGGUAUAACAAAAGGAGCAAAAAACAGAAGAUGAAAAAGAAGAAAGUGCCAGAACAAAUUACGUUUUGUUUAUUAUCUUGUGGAUAUUUUUCUAUCCUUUGAAUGAGGGGGGGAUUCUUUUAUUGCCUCUUGUUUUUGUUUUUUUUUCUUUACACAUACAUGUUUGUUUGCUUGUUUGCUUUUCUUUUUCAGUACAUGAACUUUUUUUUUCCAACAGCAGCCAAGAGGGCGACCAUCCAUCAAGGAGCUUGCCAAUUUUGAUGCGCAGAAAGAUGCUGAAGUACUGCGGAAUGCAAUGAAAGGCCUAGGUGAAUAUAGACAAUAAAUAGUAUUGUUUCACAACACUAUAGACAUUCUAUUGUUGUUUAAAUUAAAUCUAAUAUUUUGACAGGCCACUAUAAAAUUUAAAAAUUAAUAAGAAAAAAGAAGUUCCUCUCAUUACAUGUGCAUUUUUUUUUUGUAUGAAGUUAAAAAUGAAAGACAUGAAUUCAAGGAUCAGUAUAAUAGGAAACAAAUUGAAAAUAUUACUUGCACAUGAUAGUUGUACUGAAACUGUGUGUUAAGUGCUGAUGUUCAAUGGAAGAUAUUUUAGAAUGGUUUACUUAAAUUUUGGGGUGAGUCAAAAUUAUAAGUGUCUCUGAAUUUCAUUAAAAAUACCUUUAAUUUACUAUUUUAGUUUCAAAUUUUUUAAUACUUUAUCUGUCUUUUCUGUAAUCUUUUAAGAAUGUUUUUGUGGAGUUUGGGACAAUGGAUAAAGGGUUUGUCAAAGAAAAAAGGAAAAAUCAAAACCUUUGGAGCUUGAUUGUGUGUUCAACCAUCAGCUUCUGAAGUCGUUUUAACUUCCAAGUUACGUAUUUUAUAGAUCAAAAUAAAUUUUCCUCCAUUUAUCUGUAGGCUGUGAUUCUAAAGCCAUCACUGGUCUUUUAUGUACAAGAACAAAUGUUCAGAGGCAGAAAAUUGAGUUGGAAUACAAAACGAUGUAUGGAAGGGUAAGUUCUGUUUUAUGACAUGUUGAAGAGUUAAAAAAAAAAACUCAAAAGAAUUAAGAAUUAGAAGCCCAGGGCUAAGGAUAGCAUUAGCAUUAGCGUGAAAUUAUUCUUCACUUUGAUUACUCAUCGUUUUUAACCCUAAAACUCCCAAAAUCUGAUAUUCAAUUCUCCCCUCGAGCAACCAAACAUUUCCUAAUGAAUUAGUUACGAGAGUUUGGUGUUCGAUCAAGAUAUCAAAUUCUACCUGAAAGUUUGAAUAUUCUCAUUACUUGUUUGCUGGAUAAAGUUUGAAUAUUAAAAGGAGAAGUUGCGGGUUAAUCACGUCCGCGAGAUGUGAUUUUCGUAAUAGCUUCCGUAAGAGUUGUCAGUGUCCUCUCGCACUGGGUAAAUAGCCACUGUGGGGCUGAUCAUUUUACCUGGCUUUAUAAUAGGAGAAAUAUCCUUAUAUAAUUCUGUACCGAACGGAUGUCUUUCUCGGGCGUAGUCCCUUGUUCUACCGUCACGUUCGUCUUAAGCGCCAUUUUAUUGAGAUCAUUUAUGUGGCGUAUUUCUUACUUGUCUAAGAGUCUAUUAUUUGUAAACUUACUGUAAUCUCCUGGCGGAGCCGUCACGUUAGGAGAAUGUUUAAAAAAUGUCGCCUUUUCCAGUACUUCAGGAUCUUUUCAUCCUUGACCAUCAUCAGUCAGUUUGCCUUAAGUUUUUGACUUUUUGGUUUCUUUCCUCAAGAGCAAAAUAUUUUAAUCAACAGUUUUUUGCUAAUGAACUUAAGGGCAAUCUGCAAAGUGCCCUUAAACUUAUAUCGUUUUGUUUGCAGGAUCUUUUGAAGGAUCUUAAGUAUGAACUGGGUGGUAAUUUUGAGACUAUUGUCAUUGCUCUCAUGAUGCCAUCGGCAGACUACGAUGCAACGUCGCUGAGGAAAGCGAUUAAGGUGUGUUUUGUGAGCUUACUCAUUAGACGCUGACAAUGUGUUGAUCAAGUUAGAUAAUGAUUAAUUGGGCAAGCCCCCGGGCAUUUGAACUUUUGGAGAUUGGUUCGUUCAAAUUCCCGUCCCCUGGGGCCAAAAUUGUGUUCAAAUGCCCUACCCAAGUGCUAGAUUUGAUGUUCAUAUUUUGUAAAAGGCAGCAUGUGCGUCUAGUCAUUGGCCAAGCUUUAUAACCUAGACCUUGUUCACACUUUCUCCUGAUUCAUUUGCACGCGAAAGUGGACACUUUACCUUCAGACGCCUCCACAUUUUAAAGAUAAAACACGUUUAUUCCGCAUGAAAGACUCAACGCUGCUGAUUCAAAUUCCCUACUGCUUGGGCACAGAUGACAGUCAAAUGCCCGAGGGUUGCGCUGGGAGAGGAUUUUGAUAUUGAACCGUUCUGAUGAACUGAAUGACACCAAUUUUUGGUACGCUCUUCUAGGGUAUCGGAACAGACGAAAGCGUGUUGAUUGAAAUUUUGUGUACAAGAACCAACGCAGAGAUCGUUGCCAUCAAGCAGUCCUACCAGCGGAGUGAGUUUAAGCGUCUACAAUUUACGUUGUUUAUAAAUUUCGUCAUUUCAUUAAGACAUGGUUAACUUUUAAAACUGUUCGUAUGGUGAACACUUUUUGAAAAGCGCCAUAACUGGCGAGAAAGUGUACUCUACAUGGGGCAGUAGACUUCCACAUCGAAUUAUGUGAUAGGUCGUAGAGAAAAAAAUGACACAGAACUCUCUCCGUUUACCACAUUCAAAUUUCGAGUGAGCAUGUUGUUUACACUUCAGCAUCAUUUUGGAUCCGUACGUUGAUAACAGUUACGUAUUCCAGCAAUGGUUUGUUUGGAAUAGUUUGACUGAAGCCUUUUUUUUUUUUCGUUUGCCUUCUUUUCUGGAAGUCUUCAGUAGAGAUUUGGAGAAAGAUGUGGCAGGAGAUACCUCUGGCCAUUUCAAGAAGUUUCUCAUCUCUUUGCUACAGGUGCGUGGAUGAGAUAAACCUUGGACAAAUGAUUUGUGCCGCACUGGCAGAGUCUUUUGAGACAUAUAUAAGUCUGUGUGUUAGGCUGGCGAAUUACUCAUUAACCGUGAAUUUUGAUUCCUUUGUUUUUCAUGGUUUUUUAGGCUUACAGAGACGAAAGCCAAACAGUUGAUUUGGCUAAAGCGGCAGCGGACGCGCAGGUUUGACCAUUUUAGUCCUUUGCAAUAAUUGAAUUAAAUCCUAGUAGGUUAGGGUAUUUGGGGGGUGAUAGGCCAAGGUGCAGAUGGCCUGUUGUCAUGCUCAAACAUGACUGUAACCAUAACAUAUUUACGGAAGCCGCUUUAUGAACUGCUCUUGGCUCCGUUCAGAUAACUCGGCUGUCGAAAGCUUCAUUUUGUUUAAUUUGUGCACUGACCUUUCUCUUUCGUUAACUGACACUUGUUGCUGCAUGAAGGUACUCAUAGUUGGCCCCUGUCAGAUUAAUCCUUCAAAGGUUUUUUAAAAACAGUAUAAAAUUUUUUCAUCUUCGCCAUUUGUAAGUUCUGUAAACUUUUGUAGCCUUAACCACCCCUCCCCCUGGGACCUCUGAGAAACGAGUCCUAGGGCCGAAGUUUUCUGUUUCUUUAUAGCUAAGCGAAAAGGACUCUGUCACCUGUCAUUUGUAUUCAGCUCCUUUAGCUGUGAAAGCUUAAUCAUAAAUGCUCGGCAGCAAGAAUAACCUCACGAACAUAUUGAAUGCAGGUUUUGUAUAAAGCCGGUGAAGCCAGAUGGGGCACAGAUGAAUCAAAGUAAGUUCAUUCGAGUGAAUUAUUCUGUUUUGUACCAUGCUUGUGACUUUUACUCCAGUCACGCGUUCAAAGACUUUACACGUUUUAAUUUUCGUUUUCAGAUUUAAUACCAUUCUUGUGUCAAGAAGCUUCCCUCAGUUGAAAGCCACUUUUGAUGAAUACUCUAAGGUCAGCUAGUCAUCGUAGUCUAGGUUGGGUUCUUUAUAAGUGUCGCUUUUAACACAGCGGUUAAACGUUGGGCAUGCGCACCGAAAUCAUAUUUAGCGCACCAAUUUCUAGCGCAAAAUCUCAAAAGAAAACAAGAUACAGCCGCUGUCGCAGCCAGAGAGCACACUACCUAACCAUCACACCGUUGACAUCUGCGCAGACGUUGGACUGCUGUGUUACCGCUUUCCACUUGCAAGAACUGAUCGGAUUUAAUGUCCUGUCGAUAAGCCUUUUUCACUGAAACACCUGUAUGCAAAUUCGCUAUACUCUUCUCAAUACAUUACCUAAGGUAUUGAGAAGUUGUUAUUCAAAAUGAUAAGUUGUCCAACAACGAACAGCUUCUGUAGGUGCUGAUCAUUUCCUCUAAUCUCAUUACCUUUAUGUUUGAUUCAGUACUGAUAUUGUAAUGAGAAAUUGGAUGCAAGUCAAUGCGGGGGCUGGCUUAAGUUUAACAGAAAGGGACCCCAUCUCACACGCUCGUGCAGUGCGCUCACAACAAAUCGACGCUUUCUUGCAAUUUACAUAAAUCAGAAUCCGCUCUCAGUUCAAAUCGCUCGGACCCAAUUAAUAGAAAGCACUUUGUAGUUGUUGUUCUCUUAGGUCACCUUUUAGAAAUGACGCGUUGGAAAUCUUGUCUUUUCAGAUAAGUAAAUAUGACUUUGAAGAUUCGAUCAAGAGAGAGAUGUCAGGAGAUUUAAGAGAUGGGAUGCUCACAAUAGGUAACACGUUUGUGUGAUCAUAAUAUGUGGUGACAUAUCUGAACGCAAGGGCAAGUUCCCUUCGUCACGAUUUUGUUUUUAAUGUCGGUGUGUAGAUGAUAGGUGCAAAUCAACAUUUUUAGAUAGUUCAGUUCCUUGAAUGAGAAGCUGAAGGUUAAGCCAGCUGCUGAUAGUGGAAAAUAAUGUAAAUUAUAACCUCUGCUGUUUUUUUUUCUGUUUUGUCUGGUGUAGAUGUAAACCCAAGCGAUAUAACUAAAUCAUUAAUCUUUUCCCUACUAUUCGUAUACUCCCUUUCCGUGUAGGUGAGAAGGAAGUCUGUCUGGAGGGUAAUGUCAGCGUCUUUAGCUUUUAUUUUUAUUUUUUUCAGUCCAAAUUGUGAGAAAUGCUCCCUCAUUCUUUGCUGUAAAACUUUACAAGAGCAUGAAGGUAGGCCAUUCAUUGAAUUUUUACACCUGGUCCUGGGAGAAAGGUUUGGGUUUAAGUUUCCGCCUUUCCGUUGGGUGAAACGAGAGAUUUCUGUCGUUAGCUAUUUGACGAAAAGAAUCCACUUUACUGGAAAAAGCAAGCGUGUCUUUGAAAAUUAAACCGUGAGAACACAAGUUCAAAGCCUGUCAGGUGCUUUGUGUUUGAUACCUUGGUCCAUCAUCAUCGCAAAAGACUUCUAUAAAAGUUGAAAAAAAAUAUAAUAAUAAUAAUAAUAGCAGUGAUAAUAAUGAUAAUAGUAAUAAUAAUAAUGUUAAUAAUAACAAUAAUAAUGAUAAUAAUAACAACAAUAAUAAUAAUAAAAACGGCAUUAAUAAUGAUAGUGAUGGUAAUAAUAUUUAUCGGAGGAAUUCAAGGAUUAGAGCCCGAUACGUUUAGUAAGAAAUAGCGGCGAUUAUUCAUAUGGGAUAUCGAACCUUCUAUUGCAUAAAUGACCCUCUUCUGUUUAGAGCAUCACAUUAAACGAAAAAACGUAGAUUUUCUUUUAAUCUUUUUCUUGUUUUGUUUGGAAACCAUUCUUUAUUCGCUCUAAUUCUUCGCAGGGUCUUGGAACAGACGACAGCACGCUUAUUCGAAUCAUUGUUACACGGUCAGAAGUCGAUUUACUGGACAUUAGAGACGAGUUUGCCAAACUAUACCAUAAGUCUCUGGCCAAAUUUAUAUCGGUGAGUUUUUUACUGUUUUUGAUUCGUAAAACACAAAUACAAGAUGUUGAAAGGACCUAUUAACCGCCGCCGGGAAUUUCAAGAAGAUAUCCAGGGCAUAAACCUUCACUCAGCCUCUACCCAGAGCAAACGACCUUUUAGCGCGUAGAUUGGAACGAAUCAGUACUGACUUAAUGAAACUGCCAUAUAUUGGUAAAUUUAUCAUAUAAAAAGCGAGACAGACCUUUUAAAGCUGGACACAGUUUCUUUUUGUGGUUUCAGGACGACACUCGUGGAAAUUACAAGAAAAUACUUCUCAAUUUGAUUACCGACAAUAAGUAGGGAAAGACCCUACAUACUCGUAGAAGAAGGAGAUGUUCCCUUACCUUACCUGCAAUUAUCGAGUAGUGUAUGAUGUAUCAGGUGCCCGUGGUAUUUGGCAAAAAUGGGGAAAAGUCUUGGAUAUCACAAAAAAUGUGAUUUUUGCAGAGUUUUUCGGCAUUUUUUCAGUGUUUUUGAUCAUCGAAGGGAAUUCGUUAGAUUAAUGUAUUAUGCAUUGCAGCCUUUGAGAUAAAAUUUCUUCUUGGUUUAACAUUCUUAAUAUCCUUUUAACUUUCAUUUAUUGUUUACCCACCAUAAAAAUAGAAACCAGUUUGGUUAUAAAAUGUGUGCUUGUUUUAAUAGUAAAGCUGAAGUAUUCUAAUUUAUGAUAUUCGACGUUCUCUUUUCCCUUCAACCAUUUUCCCACGCCUAGAGUAUUUCAAUCCUCUACCGCAGAAAGAAUGAUUUGGUCUGCAUUUAGUUUGAUUGAUUCGGGGUCCUUCACUAGAGGAUAUUUUCCUUUUAUUGCCUUUUAGUUAGAAAAUGACUAAGUUUAUUGCAGGAUAAAGCCGAGAAUGUUCUGAUCGCAUUUAUACAAUUUUUUGUUGUGUGUAAGAGUCAAGCUCUUUCCUCGGAGUGAAUUCCCAAGAUACAAAAUCUUACGGUACAUAUAUAUAUAGAAUAGUGUGUUUACCUUCCUUUUCUGCACAUAGCUAUAAUGGAAAACGUAGUGGCAUAUUUUUCUUGAUCGACUAAUUUUAUUUAUAUUAUUGUUUUUCGUUGUUGUAGUUGAAAUUUUCUUUUGGCUCGUUUUUUAUUAGUAUUUUGUUUGUUUGUUUUUGUUUGUUUGUUUGUUUGUUUUUUUUACAAAUAUCACAAGGUUCUGGGGCAAGAAUGUAUGGGGUGUAGUUAGUAACGUACUUUUAUAACGUAUUUAUAACGUAUUUUGUUCAAGGGGCGAAAAAUGUACAGCUGCAUAUGCGAGACUGACAGUUGUAUAAUUAUAGUUUGUGUAGUAUGCAGUACGACUGCAGUUAUUGCGAUAAUCCUUGAACUUGAAAAUUAUUAAUCCCACUAAAGGCGAUGAGCAAUAAAUUCCUCUUAAUAGCUUAUUAUCUCUACCCGGUUUGUUCCUACAAGCCUGAUAAGCACGAUGGAACUUGCUUAAAAUUAUUGUUAGUUUCCUUUUAUGGGAUUGGAUGAUUUGUUUAAGUGACCUCGGUGGUAGUAGUGUCAGUGUGAAUCUAGGUAUUCAAGAGGAAGUAGUACAUUGCUCAGCACAUUUUUUUGAUUUGCCGCACGUGUAGCUCGAUAUCUCGUGUAUUGGUGUUCUUGAUUGCGACCGUCGUAAAGCACGGCUUUUUAAUCCUGCUAGUUGUUGCACUGUAAAAGAAUGGAAUGGACAAGAAAGAAUUAAAUAAAUUAAGUAGUUAAUUCAAAACGUGCUUCGUACAGUCAACGAUUAUUCCCAUUCUAUGUAUUAUUUAUAGCUUACGGAACUGAACCGUUUACAGGACGAUGCCUUUAUCUUUAAGAGGACUGGGAAUUCGAAAACUCUUGUUCUUUUUACGAGUUGACCGCGAUAACUAAUAAAAAAAUUUGCCACAGCAAAGUGCUCUGAAACUCCUUUCUUUUAUUAUAUGGAGAAAAAAAAAACCUUUCGAACAAAGGAAGGAACUUAAAGAAAUUGGUAAGAGACGAAUCAGUAAUAGUCAAAAUAACUUAGCGGGGGAAUUGCCCAAGAUGAAUAAUUAAGGAUUGGUGGUCAAAUCGUAAUUCGCGAUUUUGUGAACACGUACCUUUAUUGUUUAGCACCUUAGCGAGUUGGCAGGUGCGUUAUUAUCCGACUGAAGUGGAAAAUCUUGCAGAGGAUCGCUUGAUCGGCGAGAGAGCGUCACUCAGUUUGCGGUUCAAUUGUAAGGUUGCUCUGAGGUUGUUCAUUUUUAGAGAAGAGUUCACCUGUCAUAUCAUGGUAAGUUGAUCUACAAUCUUUGGCGUCAUUUUUCGCCGCCUUUUGAAUUGUGCUCGAUCGCUUUUUUUUUUUUUUUUUUCUCGAUAUCAACCCUUGUGAGGUCAAAGCUGUUAAUCCUAUUUUCCUGUUAAAAACAUUACUUUCCCCGACCAGUUUAGGGUGUCACUAACUGUUAUGGAUACAAGUCAGUAAUGUUUGCAAGUCCGGGAACGGUGGAAAAUCUCUUCCUUUUCUCGAGUUUUUUUUUUUUUGUUUUUUUUUCCAGUUACGUUGUGUGUGUGUAUCAUCGAGUCCCUUCGAAUCCCAUUAUUUAGUGAGAUACAAGCCACAGGAAGCUGAACGGCUCGUUCACGCUAUUUCCUUUAAAAGAAUCUUUCCACUUGGAAACGACAUUUCCUUAAAAAUAUUUGCAACUUAGGGAAGUGGUAACUAAUACUCAUUCAUGAUAAUUUCCUUCAGUCUUGGGUUGCAGUAAAGCCCAUGCCUCAUUUGUAAUUGGCAUUUUAAAAUAAUUACUUGGUAAUAUAAGAUGAUGCGAUUUAUUUUUGUUAAUUCCUCAAAGUAUUGGUAGGUAGGUCGCCACUUAGGUGCAGUGCAGGGCAGUCUAAAAAAUUUGGUAAAAAGAUAUCGCGGUUUUUUGUCGACAGCGAGAGUGUAUUUCAGUUCACAUCGGACAAGCAGGCGUUCAGAUUGGUAAUGCGUGUUGGGAAUUGUACUGCUUGGAGCAUGGAAUUCAGCCUGAUGGCCACAUGCCUACUGAUAAAACAAUUGGUGGCGGAGACGAUUCCUUUAACACUUUCUUCAGUGAGACUGGUGCAGGAAAACACGUUCCUCGAGCUGUUAUGGUAGAUCUUGAACCUACGGUGGUUGGUAUGUUCCAAACGAAAUCAAUUGUUCUUGUUAAGACGAUUAAUAUUGAAAAUGUACCUGUACGUUUUAUUGUGGUUUAGUUUGCUUAAGUGUUUCAGUCACACAAUCGAUUUCACGCGCGAGUUAGCGUUGCGUCAUUUCCGUGUAAUGAUUUCUUUUGUAAAACACUCUGAGGACCAUUUUAAACGAAAUUUAGCAAAGUUAGUCUGAUAAUUUAAGGAGAUUUUCGAGGUGAUUUUUUGGUGAAUAUUUGGAGGCCUGAUUAUUUUUUCAUGGGAGGUGGAAUAGACGAAGAUAGAGAUAAAGCCAGAGGAUGUUUGUGAAGGGGCACUGUUUGCUUUUUAUAUCGAUUCUCUCAAACACCUGAUUGCAUCUCAACGUAACCUUUUAGAAGAAGCCAGCUAAUUCCCCCCGGGAAAUUUCCAGCCAAAGUCAUCCUCUGCGUCUGCAUUCAACAUUCUACCUCGAGAGACGCUGUCUCGAGGAUAUAUAAUUUAAUAUUUUUUAAUUGUGACUUUUUAAAACAGAGUGUUUUUGUUUUGAUCCAUAGCAACUCAUUUACUUCUGAAACACAACUUUACGAAUAUUUUGUUAUGUCGGAUCUUUUCCUGCCAAAUAUCACUUCAUUUUCGAAUAUUACGUAGGAGGUUUGUCACGAGGUGAGAACUUUACCAAAAUAAACUGAAUUUCCUUAAUCCUACACCUAUCAAUGCUGUAUCAUAAGAGGCCUUUUCGUUCGGAAAGCCUCACCAAAAAAAAAUAUGUCAACAACAAACUGCUUAUGAUUCUCAUCAAGAAGUUUCAGAAAAGCCUGAUCGUGCCAGGAAUGAAUUAUGUUUAAAUACUUGUUGAAACAUUAUGGAAAACUUGCGGAUGGGAGCUUUUGUGAUUGAUUGUUUACAUACGGCAGGUGCCAUCAACAAUGUUUGGAUUUUCCCAGGAUAUUGGAUGAAAUUUUUCAAAGCAUAGUUUGUUUUUUUCAGAUUUUUUCCGGUGAGAUUUAUUUGAAAUCAGUGACAAGCCUCUUGCCGUGUUUUAUUUCCUUAUUUCACAAUUGAAAUCAAUUAGAUUCUUUUUGCUGCAAAGUUUUCUUGCAAUGACUUAAUAAUUUUUACGCUAAGUUAUCAUUUUGUUUCACCUAAUGAGUUAUGGCAUCCUCAUUAAAAAACACCACAUUCGUAAAAUUUUUGGCAUAAUUAGAUAUUUUGAAGGCGUUAUUAAUCAGUGGUGGCUCAUUGAUCAUUAUCCAAACAGUUGGAUUUCCGAGUUCGUUGCAAAUUAUGUUCAUCACAUGCUUUUUCUUAUUUUAGAGCAGUUUUGAAUUGAGUUUCGAAAAACCAAAACCAAAGUAAUCCCAGCGACCAAUCACAGAAAAGAUUUACAUUAUCAUCAGCCAAUGAAAACAAGCAAACUGCUUAAAGCGCGGGAAAGCACGAAGACCAGAUUGCGAUUGUGCGUCUGAUUGGUGGAGAGGAUGGUGCGAGUGUUCUGAAUCAAUCAAAGAGCAAAAUUAAGUAAAACCAAAGCCAUUCCAGACUACUUUCGACACCCAACUGAAAUUUAUCAAAUGUCGAAAGUAAUGGGAUUUUUUUUUUUUUACUUCGCAGCACCCUUUUAUUGAUCUACGAAACUUGCACUACUUUUCAAACCAAUCAGAUGCAAAACUAGAAAUAGUAGUGAUUUGGUCAGUCACUCUCGUUUUCACGCAGUUUAGGCAGUUUCCUCGAUUUUACCUGGUCCACUGUGGAUUUCACCUUUCUUGAUGUAACGAAUUUAAGAAAAGUAUUGCAAGUAUCCUCAUGCUCAUGCAAAUCAUGAGUUCAGAAUUCAGCUCAGGGAUAUGAUUGUCUCGCCCAUGAAAGAGAUACUUGGAAUAAUUGGAGGGCUUUAAUACUUGUCUAAGGGCCUUGUCCUCGCUCGUCAACUUGCCGAUACUGGAAGGUGUACGUUUCUCAAUUGUUGGCUAUUCUUAAAAUGAUAACAAUAGCAAAAGGUAUGAAAAAGAUCCAAAUAGAACAACGCCAGUCGGUAAAAGUAAAUUUUGCCGAUUCCUUUGCCUUUCCUUUCUUUUCUUUUCUUUUUUUUUUUUUUUUUUUUUUUUUUUUUUCAUCGAGUUCUCAAUGUAUUCAGGUUUUAAUGGUAGAAAGUUUUCCUUGUGUUUUCUUUGGUUGCUUAUUGUUUUUUCCUCUUCCCAGAUGAGGUCCGUAUUGGUACAUACCGCAACUUAUUUCAUCCCGAGCAGUUGAUAAGCGGUAAAGAGGACGCCGCUAAUAACUAUGCGCGUGGGCACUACACUGUUGGAAAAGAACACAUCGAUCUUGUCCUUGACAGAAUCAGAAAAGUGGUAUGUUUUUUAUCUGAAGCAAUAGCUCCAUGAAUCAAAAUGCUUCCGAUACUUUAAAUACUUGUGUUUAUCUUCCUACUUCGUUUUUCAAAAAACUGCAUUGAGGCAACGAAAAGCAACACCAUUUGAACCUCUGUAAUCUAUUUUAAUAAGAAAACCUUUUGUGCGAAAGAAGUAAUAAAACCGCUGCGAAGGGGUAAACUAAACCUUGUGACAAACCAGUAAAAAAGAACAAAGAAAUUAUUAAUACUAAUGAAUGGAAGACUAAGAAAUUCAAAGUAACGUUUAUUUAGAAACUUCGUCUAUAGAAAUAUGAAUAAGAAAUAAUGUGAUAUAUUAGUUUUCAAUUUCGUACAAGUCCUAGUUCAUAUGUCAUUGUGGAACCAGGGUUGUGGCGGAAGUGAGACCAUUUGUUUCCUACUUCUGUUUCCAACUUCUGCCCAACAUGAGUUAAACACCCACACCAGUUGUCACAUAUGGUUAUGGUUCUUAACUCUGAAAAAUUUUUCAUGGCUUCUCCAGCCGUACUUCCUUCAACAUAGAAAUUUCCAUUCGACCAGAAAACAGGGGAUGACGAGCGACUCGGUGGAAAUGCCAUAGCUGAAUGUUUCUUGAGCAAUAGUUUAUUUCUAUUUUCAUAUGACAUUCUUUAGGCAGACCAAUGUACCGGUCUUCAGGGAUUUCUUAUUUUCCACUCUUUUGGCGGUGGAACGGGCUCUGGGUUUACUUCUCUUCUCAUGGAGCGCCUUUCGGUUGACUACGGCAAGAAGUCUAAAUUAGAAUUUUCCAUCUACCCCUCCCCCCUGAUAGCCACUGCUGUCGUGGAGCCAUACAACUCGAUUCUCACGACUCAUACCACCCUGGAGCAUUCUGAUUGUGCAUUCAUGGUCGACAACGAAGCCAUUUAUGACAUCUGUCGUCGCAAUUUGGAUAUAGAGAGACCCACCUAUACUAAUCUCAACCGACUGAUUGGUCAGAUUGUGUCCUCAAUUACAGCUUCCCUGAGAUUUGACGGAGCACUGAAUGUGGAUUUGACAGAAUUUCAAGUGAGUUGACGAACGAUGUGAUACAAUUCUGUUAUAGUAAAGUCAGACCAAUGAGCAAAACUAAACAUUAGACGAAUUCUUUUGAUUUUCGAAGUUCAUAUUUUAUUUAGAAGCACUCUCUUUACCCCAAAAAAUAUUGGACUCCAGCCGAUAGAGAAAACUCAUCAUUACAGUGUGGGUGGGGAGGGAAAGGCAAAUAGUACUCCAAACAGACAGGGGAUUUAGGCGCUCUCAGACUUAUGCUGCUGGCUUUAGGGAAUUAACCUUUACGACUGUCUAUCACAAUCAACAGUAGUUUCUUGAAACUGGUUUGAAUUACUGUAUAACAGACGAAGAUUCCAACUCUUGUCCCCGUUAAUGAGAGUCAAGGACCUUAGGCCAAGACAUUAUUGUUGGAGACAGCUUCGUCAAGCGUCCUCCUGUGUAGAAAAUAAAAAAGCGAACUCGCAAGGUUUAGACUUGUUCGUCUGCCCUGAAGUAAGGACAAAUUUUGACUUCAUGUCCUUAUGUUUGCAUGUCUGUCCAAGACCUCAAUACUCGACCCACGACUUACUGUUGAGAAUUCUUAAUUCUUCUUGACUUUUCUCUGCACACUUAACAGACUAACUUAGUGCCAUACCCUCGCAUCCAUUUUCCUCUCGCCACCUACGCGCCAGUUAUUUCAGCUGAGAAAGCUUACCAUGAACAGCUGAAUGUUGCCGAGAUCACGAACGCUUGUUUUGAACCAGCCAAUCAGAUGGUCAAAUGCGAUCCACGUCACGGUAAAUACAUGGCGUGCUGCCUGCUGUUUCGUGGAGAUGUGGUACCAAAGGACGUGAAUGCCUCUAUAGCUACUAUUAAGACCAAGAGGACCAUACAGUUUGUCGAUUGGUGCCCUACUGGAUUUAAGGUAACGGAGGGAAGAUUGUCCCAUAUUAACCCUUUGAACCCUAAGAGUGACUGACAUCUAAUUUCUCCCUACAAUAUCAUCCCUGAAUCAAAGAUUAAGGUAACGAGAAUGAAGGAAAUCGUCACCACCUAAUGGAGCUCUUGAUUGUUAAAGAAAUUCUCCUCGUCAGCACCUUAGGAAAUUUAUAGAGAACAGUAUGGAGAAUAUGUUAUGAUAUUAGGGUGUAAAAGGUUAAGGGAGCAACAGGCGUUUAAACUGAGAAAUACCGUCGCAGUUACUAUAAAUUUUUAUAUAAUAAGCUCAGUUAUGCACGCAUUCUGACUGGUUCUCACUUAUGAUCUAUUGAAGGACAGACGUAUAGAUGACUUCAUCAUUAAAACUUUUUUUAAUUCUUUAUUAUCUAAAACAAAUAGAUUCCAAGUUGCCGUGCGUCUGUUCAGUAAUAGAUCACAGAGGACGUCAAAAUGUGGUAAGAACAUCAGUGACACACUCGGCUGCGCCUCGUGUGCCACUUUUUUGUUCUUACCACAUUUUGAUGUCAUUUGUGAUCUAUUACUGAACAGACGCACUGCAACUUGGAAUCUAUUUGUUAAGUAGAAACAACGCACGUCAGGAAGCAUACGUCAAGAGAGGUUCGUCGAGGAAUGUAAUGAUGUCUACACAACUUUAUUCAGAUAUUGGAUCGGAUUCAUAAAAUUUUUUAUCUUUUUCUUUCUUAAUUUAUUCGGAUUACACUAGAUCCGCACGGUAAAUGAAAGUUUGUAAAUCAUCUCUAUGGCCUUACCCAGGGGAAAUAACAUGUUUUGGAUAAUUCUUUAUUUUCACUGUGGUUUUCCGUAGGUUGGAAUCAAUUACCAGCCCCCCACGGUCGUCCCAGGUGGUGAUCUAGCUAAGGUACAACGUGCAGUUUGUAUGUUGAGCAACACGACAGCCAUUGCAGAGGCCUGGGCUCGAUUGGACCAUAAGUUUGACCUGAUGUAUGCGAAGCGUGCGUUUGUCCAUUGGUAUGUGGGCGAAGGAAUGGAGGAGGGAGAAUUCUCGGAGGCUCGCGAAGAUCUCGCUGCCUUGGAAAAGGAUUACGAAGAAGUAGGAGUGGAUUCUCUUCACGAAGAAGGGGAAGCCGAUGAAUAUUAAAGCUAACAUGUUUUAAUCUCGGUUAGAUUAAGUGUACUUAACAAUUUUAUCUUGAUUGAUCGAUUAAUUCGAUGAAUUUUUCACUGCUGUGGUGUUACUCUUCCACUGGGUGUUUCCUUCGAGCCUCGGUUUUCAUUCAUACACUCAGAGUACUUGCUAAGGCACUACUCUCGCAUUAUCCCUCCUCGAUCUAUCCUUAGUUUAGGUGCCCAGCGUCAGCGCGCUUUUUGAGAAUUGAAUUUGCUUAUAAUUAACUCACACGGACGGUUUAGAAGUGGAUAACUUUUUAUAAUGCUUUGGGAAAGAAAUGAGUCCGAGCGCAGAGAAAUCCAGCCAAAAAUGUAAGUAUUGUUUAGUUUUUUUUAAUUGAGGUGCAUUCUGUGGGAUGAUGCAUCUGCGCUAAAAAUUAAAAGCGGAAUCCAAUGAGAAAAAGAGCAACAGUUUUAAAUCUCAAGGGCACUUUAAAUAUCCGCAAUAUUCGCCACCGCGAUCAUUACUCGAAGUUAGCCGGACGUCUGAUGUUUCCAGAAUGAGUUCACUCAUUGUAUUGUCCGAGUUCUUGCUUGAUUUCUUUGAUGAUUUCAUUUGGUUUAAGUUAAUCUUUUAGUUCCUUUUCCUGUUUUGUGGGACGGACAGUAGUACUUCAGUAGACGUUUGGAAAAGCUCACGAAAGCGUCACUACAAUGUAAACGGAUCAAUGUCAGUAUAAACAACUCUGACGAGAUCAGCUUGGUUGCCACGUGUGUGGGAAAUGUCGUUCACCAGAAGAAACAUCUGAAAAGCUUUUCAUCGUAUCCUUCGUCAGUGAUUUUUCCGUAAUAAAAUUAAGUAUGUGUGAAACAACGUGGCUUUUGAAAGAUAACCAUAUCCAAUUUUUUCAUUAAUCUCCGGUGGAGAUCUAGAAAUUUAAUCCUCUAAGUAGAUAAAACGUACAAAGCGACGUUAUUAGAUGCACAAGCAAAUCGGUCAGUAAUGAUUAUCGACGUUAGUAUCUUAAGUGUAUCCAUUAGGUACAGGAAAACGUGCGUUCAAGGAGACAUCUGUUAGUUCAAACUUUGCUUUUUAUAUAAACUCUGCUAUUUUUAAAACAUUCACCUUUGCUC